UGACCCCGUGGGACAGCCACACGUCAUGGUGGACUACUACGAAGCGCUGGGGGUGAGCCGCAAUGCCACCGCCGACGACAUCAAGAAAGCGUACAGGAAGGCCGCGCUGAAAUGGCACCCGGAUAAAAACCCAGACAACAAGGAGUAUGCUGAGCAAAGGUUCAAGGAGAUCGCCGAGGCGUACGAAGUGCUGUCGGACAAGCAGAAGCGUGACGUCUAUGACCGUUACGGCAAGGACGGACUCAUGGGGGCAGGACCAGGGGGCUCCAGGGCCGAUGCCGGGGCCCCCGAAUUCACCUUCACCUUCCGCAGUGCUCACGACGUCUUCCGGGAGUUCUUCGGCGGGCGAGAUCCCUUCGCUGACUUCUUUGAUGAGAUGCUGCCCUUCUCUGAGCUGCGAGGACCUGGUCCCCGGCACCACGGGGGAAGCCACUUCUUUUCCUCCUUCCCAGGAUCCUCAGAUUUCUUCGCCUCGUCAUUCAGCUCCGGCGCCGACGCAGGGCUGGGCUUCCGCUCCGUCUCCACCUCUACCACCUUCGUUAAUGGCAGGCGCAUCACCACCAAGCGGAUUAUCGAGAACGGGCGGGAGCGGGUGGAAGUGGAGGAGGACGGGGAGCUGAAGUCAAUCCACAUCGAUGGCGUCCCUGAUGACAUGGCGCUGGGGCUGGAGCUGAGCCGGCGGGAACAGCAAGCCUUCCCCAGCCCACGGCCCACCUCGCCCCCACCGCCCGCCCCGCACCGGCCCCCGAGCUCCUCGCCCGUCUGCCUCUACACGGACAGCGAGGACGAGGACGAGGACUUGCAGCUGGCCAUGGCCUACAGCCUCUCCGAGAUGGAGGCUGCGGGGCACCACCGAGCAGGUGUGUUCUGAGGCUGCUGCGCCCGGGGACCGCGCACGCCCGCUCGCCCACGGAGGCUCUCCCAGCCAGGACUCCGCUUUGUCCCUGCACGGCCACCCCCUGCCACCCCCUUCCCCCAGCAC